AUGGAGAUGAUUAUGACCCGCGCGAAAGGGCAAGUGUACACAACUGAUGCCGCUCGGUUUGACGAGGAGGCGCGCGCCGAACCUGAUGUGAAUGAGGAGCUGCGCAUCAAGGCGGAGAGUCAGAAGGCGAUUGCAGGGGUUUAUCAGAAGGAGAACGGGCGCCUCGCUGAAGAAAUGAAAAGCGCCCUGGUGCUUUUAACGCACCUUGCUAAGAAGGUCCAGCAAGUGGACCAGUCGCAGCUCGACUGGAAGAAAUACAUCAAGGAAGCUUGCGACGAUUUCCUGUUCAAGCAGGAGACGCUCAACCUCAACCCCGACUCUGAAACCAUGCUCAAUGCUUUGAUCAGGAAGGCGGGAUACACCACCGAGUCACCCGAAGGACUGCAAGUGGCUGCGAUUGCCAAGUCCCAGGGCAAGCUCAAGUAUGCGAGCGAGCGGUUCAACGACCGUAUUGGGAAGAUUUACCGCUUCUGUCGCUGUUACGGUUUGAGCCGUGAGCCUUGCAUCUUCAUGAGGGAAAAGCGCACCCUUAAGGGCGAGCUUACCUUCGCCGAGCUCGAGGACUUCGCGAAGCUGUGCGUGAACUACAUGACUAACAACUCCGACCUGUUUUUGGGCACCUAUUGGCAUGUGUGGGAGGGCACGCCGUUCUCCAGUCCAGGGUUUGUCAAGUGCGCUGCUCUCUGGGACUCCGAAUUUGACAGAAGUCUUCCCAUCGCCCUGUUUCCUGACCAGCUGCUUGUCAUCCUUGCUGCGGUGCAGUUCAAGCUUCGUUAUCUGCACGACAAAGCCCAGUUCAAGCGGUCCGGGGACCCGGCUGCUUUUUCCAGGCAGGCAAGGGUGGUGCAGCGCUGGAUCAAUGAGGGUCCUGUUACACGUGACGGGGAUUGUGUUGGCAUUGGCAGCAUCUGCAUUGUUGGAUGGAAGGAGAUCCCCGAAGCUGAGCUGGAGGCAGAUGAACUUGGUGAUUUGACCCGACAGGACCUCACCUCUAGGGCCUCCUAUCGCAGGGUUUAUAACGAGAACGAAGUGCAGGCGGAGCUGUACUAG